GGUUUAUGUUCUAAAGCACAAAAAUUGAAAAGACACCUUCAGUGCUAUUAGAGACUGUUUUUGACCACAUGUUCUGUAGUUGAGUCCCUGUCUUAAGAAAUGGUUCCUUCUGGCUGCUGACCAGCUCACCCAAAGGAUAGUCCAUUUCCUGCCUACAGACUACACUGUCAUCUAUCACCUCAUAGUGGGUUCCUUCAGGGGUAGUGAUGACACAGAAACCUGUGACUGCUUUGCGUUGCCUUAGAAAUCAACCCAAGGCAUCCUCCAUGAUCAACAGUGGGCAGCUGAAAAUCUGAACUGAGGGCAGAAAGUCAGUGGCUAGAAACCAAUUCUUUGUAGAUAGAGAAUGAGGAAUUAAGAGCUUAGGGGACAAGAGCGAAGGUGGAGAGCAACGAUGCUGUUCAUGAAGCUAGCAAAUAGCAGGGCAAUAGCUGAAGCCAAGAACGCUGCGGAGAAGGCACACCAAACCACAGAACCAGCACAAGCGAACACAAGGGCUUUGUGGAGAACAUGCAGUGCAAGACUCCCACAGCAGAACGGAGAAACACUGAGGGCUGUCACCUCACAGCCACCCAUCGUGACAGACUCAGAGUGGUUCGGGAUGAGCGCAGAGGAACAAUUGGCCUGGGCUAAGAGUUCUCAAGACCCUCGGAUUGCAGUAGGUUCCUAUUCCCCACUAGAAAAGAAAAUUAAGAGUUUAGGUGGCACCCAUUCUUCACGAGUGAGAAAACUGUUAGUCCAGGAGUUCCAAGAGGAGAGUGAAACAGUUGAUAAACUUAAGACCAGGUCUUUUGACUUCCGGUUUGCUAAAGCAGAUUCCUACUACUAUCAACAACAUAAAGAAAUGAUCAAAGAAGCAUGGAAUUAUAUACCAGAUUCAGAAUGGGCCAUUAACCCAGAGGAAGAGAAGAAGUCAAGAAGCAAAAUACCAGACAACACUAACAAAUGGGACUAUCUAGUGUCUAAGAGGGAAAUGAAUCACAUAGAAAAACACAUAAAGAGAGCAGAACGGGCAAGAGGCCUCAGGGACCACAAUUACAGACUAAUACCUCAGAGAAUUCCAAGUGAAACCCUUUCGCCAAAACCACUAAUACCAGAAGAUAAAAAGAAUAAAAAUAUCCAGAAAACACACAAAACUGUACCCAAAAAGCCCAAAGUAGCAUGGGCAAAGGAACAGAUGAAGCGACACAAAGACCGCAUGGUGCAAGCGAGGGAACUCACAGAGCAGAAAAAUGAGCAAAGAAAGACGCAAAAAUUCACCAGCCGCAUCCGUCCACUCUUAAAACCCCAAGUGAAGAAGGAGAAAGAGAAAGAGCUCGAAAAGGUCACAGCGUACCCCAUCUUCCAGCCUUCUAAGGAAAAACUUAUCGAGGUGACUAUUCUGAGGGAAAAGUCGAAAGCGGAUAAAGUGCAAAAAUCACUCCAAAGAGAGCUCUUGAGUAUGCCACCGUUUUUGAAAAGUCAACUAGCAAGGAAAAAAAAGCUUAAGUUAUUUCCUUGA